AUGGCCGCCAGUUUCGGGGAGAAAUUGCUUGGGGAGGUGACUGAAGCGAGACUGGACGAGAUUCUACAUGAUCUAAGAAAUAUAUGCCCUAAUGAGACGAGCAACCGUCUAGGCGUCAAGGCUCUGGAUGACCUGCUAGAGAUCUUCAUGCCCGCCCCUGCUCCUGCUCCUCAGCAUCCAGACGAGAAUUUUAAUCUACAACCAGAAGACAGACAAGCACAUCGGGCGGUCAAGGCUCGUACAGACCCGGUGGUCGAGAUCUCAAGUACCUCGUCGGUGGCUGGAAAGUCCCAGCUACUGUAUUAUCUCGCGGCCAUUGCUGUCCUGCCCUCGACGAUUGACAAUGUCCAGAUCGAUGGACGGAAUGCAGCUGCCGUCUUUAUUGACACAGAUGGCCGAUUUGAUGCGGAUCGUUUGUUGAGUGUUGCUCAGGGCAUCCUUUAUCAGAAACUGAAGCAGCAUAUGGUAGAGCAGCUCCCUGACACUGAAAGCAUACUCUACAACUCCCUCCAACACGUCCACGUCUUCCGUCCCACCUCCUCACCAUCUCUUCUUGCAACACUACAAUCUCUAGAAUCAUACCUCUUCGACACUGCCCGCCACCUCUCCGCAAACCGCCCCCUCCACGCAAUCUUCAUCGACAGCGCAACGGUAUUCUUCUGGCAGGAUAAACUACGCGACCAGAUCGCCCGGGUCGAGGAGAUUGGUCGUCCGCACACUGAGAUCGAGCAUGAUCGCAGAUCGAAACGGAGUUUCUACAUCGGUGAUAUGUACGCUGAGCUUGUGAGGGAGUUGAAGAGGGUAAGGAGCCUGUUUGGGUGUGCAGUUGUGUAUACGACUACGGCUUGGAUUGGGAGGGCUGCAUCUGCAUCUGCAUCUGCAUCUGGUGAGGACCUGGUGGCGUUUCGGUGCUCAUUGCCGCCGCCUUGGGGAUUGUUUCCUACGUUGAGGGUUGUUGUGAGGGCGAACGGGCAGGGGAGGUUUCUGGGCUGUGUGAAUGGAUUGGGGAAAGAGCAGUGGCCGAGGAGAGUGGUGGAGGGAUUGGAGAGACAGAGUAGAGGGACGUUUGUAUUUUCUGCGGAUAAACAUGGCGUGCUGGUAUGA